UAGCACCCGAAAUAUUUGACUGAACCACGCGCGCUUCCUGCCUUGGCUUCCUCCCUCCUCUGGUUGCUCGCUCUCUGUCUUGUGUGUGAAUCCCUCAGUGCUGGAAAUAUCCUACAACUUUUUCCCUUUAGACGUUUGUCGAAGGACUGUCAAACAAACAAAUCCCGUGACUUGUAACCGUCACUCAAUUGAGAUAAAAGUUAUAUCAGUGCCUUCGUGAGUGCCAGCCUCAGUCCCGACGCCAACAUGAGGGAAUACUACUCCAUGAUGUCUCGUCUGAACGCCGUGAACGGCUUCAACGGCUGUGGCGAGAUGAACGGGACCGGGGCAGCCGGUUCUGGCUGCUGGACCAUCGGUCUGAUCAACGCCAAGGCUAAGUACCUCACAGCCGAGACCUUCGGAUUCAAGAUAAACGCCAAUGGCGUGUCUCUCAAAAAGAAACAGAUGUGGACUCUAGAACCCGCUGAGAAAGAUCUCAUCACCUUCAAGUCCCACUUAAACAAAUACAUAUCCGUCGAUCAGUACGGCAACGUCACCUGCGAGAAUGAGGAUCGAGAAGUCUCGUGCAUGUUCGAAGUGUCCGUGACGGACGACGAACACGGUCGAUGGGCCUUGAGGAACGUAUCCAGAGGGUACUUCCUCGGUGCUGCCGGCGACAAACUCAUCUGCAGUGCCAAGGUGCCCACGGAUGCUGAACUCUGGACCAUUCAUCUGGCCGCUCGCCCACAGGUGAACCUGAGGUCACUGGGUCGCAAGCGAUACGCCCAUCUCAACGAGGAAGGUACUGAGAUCGAGGUUGACGCCAAUGUCCCCUGGGGUGAGGACACCCUUUUCACGCUCGAAUUCCGUGACCACAAGUACGCCAUCCACACGAGCAACAACAAAUACUUGAGCCUCGAUGGCAAGCUCGUCGACGCCUGCGGCAGAGGGUGCAUGUUCUCCCUCGAGUACCACCAUGGCUCCCUCGCCCUUAGGGAUCACGAAGGCCAGUAUCUCAGCCCCAUUGGUUCCCGGGCUGUACUCAAAUCCCGCUCCAACACCGUCACCAAGGACGAGCUAUUCGCCCUUGAGGACUCCCUGCCUCAGGCGUCCUUCGGCGCGCUCCUCAACACCAGAUACGUCUCCGUCAAGCAAGGUGUCGAUGUAACAGCCAACCAAGAGGAGAUUUCCGAUCACGAAAAGUUCCAGUUGGAGUACGACGGUGCGACCAAGAGAUGGUACGUGAGGACCAUGCAAGACAAGUACUGGACUUUGGAAGCUGGAGGUGGCAUUCAGGCCAACGCUACUAAGCCAACGUCAAAUGCUCUUUUCAACUUCCACUGGCAGCCAGAUGGUUCUGUAGCCUUCCAGGCCAAUAAUGGCAAAUACAUUGCUACCAAGAAGUCCGGUCACCUCUUCGCCAAUGCUGACACGCCAGAUGAAGAGAGUGCACGCUUUUACUUCUACUUGAUCAACAGGCCUGUACUAGUUCUGAAGUGUGAGCAAGGAUUUGUUGGAUACAAGACUUCAAAUAGCCUUAAAAUGGAGUGCAACAAGGCAAAUUAUGAAACUAUCCGUGUUGAGAGGGGUGAACAAGGCCAAGUAUUUUUCAGAGGUCAGCAGGGUGGAUACUGGCACGCUUGUGGUGAUGGGAUCAUGGCUGAUUCUGAAGUGCCUGAAGGAUUCUUUAUUGAGUUACGGGAGGCAACGCGGAUGUGUUUGAAGAAUUCUUCCGGUCAGUACAUUGUUACUGAAAAGAAUGGAGGUUUUAAAUUAGGUGAUACAGAUCCUGGUCAUGCUACUCUUUGGGAGUUCUAAGUGCUAGAUACUUUUAAGUUUGUGUAAGGCAAAGGAAAUAAUCCUGCCGUCAUUAUUAGCUCAUAUAAAGUGGAAUCGAACUUUUAAAAAAUGGUUUUAUCAAGUUAGAUACAACUCCAUAGAUUAGAACAGUCAUUUUUGUCUGACAUAUCAAUAUCAGGUUGAAUGUAACCCACAUGUAAUCCAAAAAAAUGUUUAUGAACAUUAACCUUCAAUGUCCAAUAAGUGUUAGAAAUUCCAAGUGUUAAAAUUUUAUGACAAGUGUAUUAUGAAUGUAUGUGAAACUACACAAGUGUAUUCAUAAAUACACAGACUUAUGUUUAUUUCAUAUUUUUCUUUUAUAAAUUUGAAUUUAUUUACUGAACACUUGAUGUCUGGUACACAAGUAUUUAGUGGAGAUGUUGAAUUUCUUUCAGAAUUUCUAUCAAGACCAUAAUGUUAACUGACUGGUCAAUUAAUUUGGGCUGUACUAAAGUGGCAAGCUGUAGUAAAUAUAUCAGUACGAUAUAAUUUUCUGUAAUGAACACUGCCAGUUAGUCAUGAAACGGCCUUGAAAAUUUCAAAUACAGGAAUAGGAACCACUAUAGUAGACUUUGGACACAGCAUAGUCUUAAGGUUACUCUUAAAUGAGUGUUGUCCAUUGGUUUAGCUGGAAACCUACUUUAAAUAGAAGUACAGUACUCUAUGUAGAGUACAUGAUUAAGUUUGCCAAAAUGGCAUUUUACUGAAAUUUACAAGAAUUGUGAAUAUUGGAUGUUUUAUGCACAACCAAAGUUUUCUUAUAUCUUUAUAUGUAAGUAAUUAAGCUGGUAAGAUGCUAUUUCAAUAUGAUACUGCUUCCACGAGUCUUUAGGCUAAGUAAAAUAACCUGUACUUAAUUUCUACUUUUUUACACUUUCUACAAGUUUGUGAUUGUCGUAUUGUUGAUUUUUACGUACGAAUGAAGUAAACUCCAUUGAAAUUAAUUGAAAGUAAAGAAGCAAACUACAGAAGCUUUAUUUAUAAAAUUUUAUUCCAUAAAGAAUUAUGUGAUAGUUCCAAUAAAGCAUGAUGCACAUGUUAGCUCAGUCAACAGUUCAGUAACAUUGCUUGCUUAGUGGACAGGCUGCUGGUGUCAUUGUGCCCAACUGAAAUUAGGCAAAUGAGUUUCAACAAGUAGUCCAAAAUGAGAUUGUACUUAUCUGCACAAAAUAACCCUCAACACCUACUAUGUAAGUGUGUGUAUACUAUAUUUUUCCUUGAUCACUAAUGCUGUGCUCAAUAUGUAUCAUUAGUGUGAGUGCAUAGUAUAGUAUAUGGAAGUGGUUCAUUGGUGCUAUAAGCUUAGUUUCUUUCCACCAUAAAAGUCCCACCAUAUUAAGUACGUAAUAUAUUGUACCAUGGACUUGUUGAAGGUUAUAAUGUAAAAUGCUCUACCAGCAGUCUCCUUGCUCUUGGUGUUAUCCCCGCAGCCUCAGGCAGCGGUAACCAGCCAUUGCAUUUAUGGAAGGCAAGCCCGGCCCAGGACAGUCCGAGGCUUAGCCUCCCAAAGAGAGAGCCCCAGCUGUGCCCAUUCACGCUACACCUGCCAUUACUGUGUGUCCCUGGUUUGUAUUGCACUUCGUCACAUGUUCUCUCUACUUUUCCUGGCAUUAUCAAUUAACAGAUUAUUUAACAUUUAUCAGCUGAAAGUUUCAUCAAUGAAGAUUGAUGUUUGUCAUUUGUGGUGUAAUGUAUUUUUUGGAGACUAUGCCAUUGUCAGAAGUAAGGGCGUCAGUCCGCACAGCUGGUUGCUAAUUGCCUCCGUUCCUUAAAUGUUGUCUGUCAUAGAAGAUGCAAAGUAGUUUGUAUUUAAGUCUUUGUAUUAUGAUGUGCUUUAGAUAGUAGGAUAUACUUUUUAUUUAUUGCAUUAUUGUAUAGCAUUAUAAACUGCUUCUUAAUAAAAUUAAAUAAGUUUU